CACAGCUAUAAGCAGGGAAAGUUUGACAAGCUACGGUUGCCCCCUUGGAUCCAACGUGGAUUUCAAGAAGAUACUGUCAAAACUUUUCAGAACAAAUUAUCUGCGGUCCUCCGGGGCUUUCGACUGAUUUUCCUGAAACUUGUUAGGUAGCAUUCAGUCAAAAUGGGUGACUGGAAUGCUCUAGGAAGACUUCUUGACAAAGUCCAGGCCUACUCAACUGCAGGAGGAAAGGUGUGGCUUUCGGUUCUUUUCAUCUUUCGAAUCCUGGUCCUGGGGACGGCAGUCGAGUCAGCCUGGGGGGAUGAACAGUCUGCUUUCAAGUGCAACACUCAGCAACCAGGUUGUGAGAAUGUCUGCUAUGACAAAUCAUUCCCCAUUUCCCAUGUCCGCUUCUGGGUCUUGCAGAUUAUAUUUGUCUCAACCCCAACACUACUUUACCUUGCUCACAUUUUCUACCUUAUGCGGAAAGAGGAAAAAUUGAAUAAGAAAGAGGUGGAACUGAAAGCGGUCCAGAAUGAUGGUGGCGACGUGGACCUGCCUCUCAAGCAGAUUGAAAUCAAGAAGUUUAAGUAUGGUGUGCAGGAGCAUGGGAAGGUAAAGAUGAAGGGUGCCCUCUUGCGCACCUACGUCGUGAGCAUUAUCUUUAAAUCAUUCUUUGAAGUUGGUUUCCUGUUGAUACAGUGGUACAUUUAUGGGUUUAGUCUGGAGGCUGUAUAUACCUGCAGGAGGGAUCCAUGCCCACACCAAGUAGACUGUUUCCUCUCUCGUCCUACUGAGAAGACCAUCUUUAUUAUCUUCAUGCUGGUGGUGUCCAUAGUGUCAUUAGUGUUGAAUGUGAUUGAGUUAGUCUAUGUCUUUUUCAAAAGCAUUAAGGAUCGUAUGAAGGGAAAAGGAGAUCCUUUCUCAUCUAGUGGUGCAAUGAGCCCAACAUCUAAGGACUGUGCCUCUUCAAAGUAUGCCUUCUACAAUGGCUGCACCUCUCCCACAGCCCCCUUGUCUCCCAUGUCUCCUCCUGGGUACAAGCUUGCCACUGGGGACAGGACCAACUCAUGCCGCAACUACAACAAGCAAGCCACUGAGCAGAAUUGGGCCAAUUACAGCACCGAACAGAACCGGCUUGGACAAACUGGCAGCACCAUCUCCAACUCUCACGCGCAACCGUUUGACUUCCCUGAUGAUGCCCAUGAUAAUAAGAAACUAGCACCUGGACAUGAGCUCCAUCCUCUAGCUCUCAUGGACCCCAGGCCCUUGAGUAGAGCCAGCAGCCAAGUCAGCAGCAGAGUUCGACCGGACGACCUUGAGGUGUAGCCCCAUUUAACACAUUAGAGAAUACAGGCAUUAAGAGAUGUGCUAAAGGGGUGGUACUUUAAUGUGCUAAAGGGGUGGUACUUUCCAUUUCACAGUUUCCACAAGGAAAUCUACUAAACUCAGAGACAUAAUAUACUUACAUUGUUGGAGGUACUAUCUAUUAAUGAUGACAUCAAAACUAGGGGUUAGCAAGUUCAUACUAUACAGAAAACUAGCAGGGGACAGCGAGUACAAUACAAACAAACACAUUCAUGUGUUUUUGAUAUUUUUUGCCAAAUAGUCCCAGUUUUUUUUCUUUAGAAGAUGAAGCCUUGGUGAUGUGUUUCAUUUAAGCUGGUUUUGGGGAGAGAGAGAGAGAGAGAGAGAGAGAGAGAGAGAGAGAGAGAGAGAGAGAGAGAGAGAGAGAGAGAUUUUGUUUCUAUGCCCACACAAGAACAUUCCAUUUUGAGAUUUUGCACUUUGAUGUCACAUUGCCCAACGUAUCUAUUUCUAAGUCUUAAAAUGGUGUAAAGCAACACCUACAUUUUUUUGACUCCCAUAAUCUCUUUCUAAAACUCUGCAGAAUGACCUUCAUUCUUUUUAAGUUUAUAACUACAUGCUGUAAAAAACAAUGGAUUUGCAUUAAAAUAUUUAUUUAUUAGUUUAAUAAUGCCGGACAUCCACCACUAGACAAUGAAUGACUACUAAUUUAGGUCAUUACCAUAUUAAUAAUAUAUAUGAUUUCAAUAGACACACUUUCCAUAUUUAUUGCUUAAUGUUCCCUGUUUAACCCUUUGCAGUCCAUUUAUUAAUCGCACGUCAGGUCUAAUUCAUUUUCACACGCGCAGUUAAUUUUAGAUGCGCUGUUUAAAAGUAUUUUUUUCCACAGUCAAACGGGUUUAAAUGGCCCUGCAUAUCAACAAAGCACUCACUAGGCAUCUCCAGCCCCGCCCCACCCUUUCGUUUGCUAUAGCGUUCACCUAUGUAAGAAAUAAAUAAUAAUAAUAAUAAUAGUCGUACAUACCGAUCGAUCAUCUCCGGAUCACUCGUUUUAUCACCUAACUCCUCAAUAAUGCGAUCCAAGUCAUUAUUUUAUUACUAUAACAUCUGAAAAAAGCUCUGCAAAUGUCUGUGUUUUCUGUGCGCUGAUUCAGUCAGUCAACUUGUUUACUUACGACCCGCCCCGUUAUCUGAUACCAGAUACCAUGUAUGACUAUUCAUGAGAUACGCCUUUUUUUGUAUUUUUUUUUUUUUUCGACUUGUCUCGGCUCCUGUCGCUCCCACUCGGCAAUUGAAUGGUUUUCCCGGCUUUUUCUGGAGAAAAAUGACUAGAAACCCGUUUUUUGCAUUGCUAUAAUGAUGUCGGACCCAGUCCGACAAAGGACCUGUGAGGAAUAAUUGCAAUGUCGGACCCAGUCCGACAAUGGACCGCAAAGGGUUAAACAAUGUUGUUUAUUAAUUUUUUUUUUUUUUUAUAAAUUAUAGAUGUCUGUCAUUUCCUGAGAAACUUUGAAUUUAUGUGGGGUGGUUGUAUUAUUAUUUGUUUGUUGUCUUGGGUUUUGUGGAAUAGUGGGCAUAUGUAUGUAUAUAUAUAUAUAUAUAUAUAUAUAUAUAUAUAUAUAUAUAUAUAUAUAUAUAUAUAUAUAUAUAUAUACACAGUGUGAUAAACUCCUGCUGUGUACUAAGUAGGGCACACCUUUUUUUCCAGAUAAAAUAUUUCCCUUCCCUCAAGCUAACUAUGUCACUAAUGUGAGAUUUUAGAAGAAUGCGUUGGACUAAUGUUUAGUCGAAAAUAAAAGAUAUACGCCAGUGUAGCCCAUCAUUUACCAAACACUUUUGUGGAAUUUUUGUUUGAGCCUUUUUUUUAAAACAAUAUAACUUUUCAUUAUAGUAUAAAUAUGAUGGUACUCAAAGUCAGAGGUUCUUGAGCUACAAUGGUGUUUGCACUGAGACUUUGGUUAGGAUGCAUUAUGAUGCGGAAGAGUUUUUUUUGUUAAUAGUAUGCAUGUUACUAAUUUAUUUUACAAUAAAAGCAUCAUGCAAGGUAUUGUCAUUCACAGAACAGGCCUGUCGUUUGUUUGUAAAGUACAGAGUGUCCAUUUGAUAUUCCAUGUUAAUCCACUGUUGUACAGUGCUUUAUUGCAUGUUAGCAAAAAAAAUGCCAUUAAUCAUGUCUAUUUUAACCAAUAAAGAUUUUUUUUUUUCCUUAAAAAA